GGGGUCGUGUGCAAACCGCGUGUGGCGCAGCCAGCAGGGACUCAACGGUAGCGGGUGGCAGGGAGGCUAGCCAGGUCUUGCGCGCGGCUAAGAAGGAGGAAAGUCCAUCGCCGAGCGGCCAUUCCGGAUCGAGCCCUCGACGGAAACGAAAGUCCGCGAAAGGAAGGGGGAUACCGGCGGCCCAUCGCGGAUCGGCCUCCUGUGAGAGGACUGAGGCGUUGGGUAGUCACUCCUCGUGGCCGCAGCGGGACCUCCUGGGGUUCCGAGGAAAACGGAGCAGAGAACCUAAUUGGAGCAAUGAGCAGUAACGAGUGCUUCAAGUGUGGGCGUACUGGCCAUUGGGCUCGAGAAUGCCCUACCGGAAUCGGUCGUGGCCGUGGAAUGAGAAGCCGAGGUGGCAGAGGCUUCCAAUUUAUGUCAUCAUCACUUCCAGAUAUCUGCUACCGCUGUGGUGAGUCUGGUCAUCUUGCCAAGGAUUGUGAUCUUCAGGAGGAUGAAGCCUGCUAUAACUGCGGUAGAGGUGGCCAUAUUGCGAAGGACUGUAAGGAGCCCAAGAGAGAGCGAGAGCAAUGCUGCUACAACUGUGGCAAGCCUGGCCACUUGGCUCGUGACUGUGAUCAUGCAGAUGAGCAAAAGUGCUAUUCUUGUGGGGAAUUUGGACACAUCCAGAAGGACUGCACCAAAGUCAAAUGCUAUAGGUGUGGUGAAACUGGCCAUGUAGCCAUCAACUGCAGCAAGACUAGUGAAGUCAACUGCUAUCGUUGUGGGGAGUCAGGACACCUUGCACGGGAAUGCACAAUUGAGGCUACAGCUUAACUGUUUUCCUUUGUCGCCCCUCCUUUUUCUGAUUGAUGGUUGUAUUAUUUUUCUCUGAAUCCUCUUCACUGGCCAAAGGUUGGCAGAUAGAGGCUACUCCCAGGCCAGUGAGCUUUACUUGCCGUGUUAAAGGAGGAAAGGGGUGGAAAAAUCGACUUUCUGCAUUUAACUACAAAAAUGUUUAUGUUUAGUUUGGUAGAGGUGUUAUGUAUAAUGCUUUGUUAAAGAACCCCCUUUCCGUGCCACUGGUGAAUAGGGAUGGAUGAGUGGAAAGAGUUAAGUCAGACCAGCAAAGCCUCCCUGGGUUCCAUGGAAGUGAUCGUAUGCAGGAGGAAAUAAGCUGGAAGUGUCUGAACUUCCACAGUAAUUAAUUCUAUUACAAUAAUGGCCUUGGAUUGUCUGACCUCAGUAACAAUUAUAACACCAAGUAUUUAUAUCAGGCCUUACCUAAAGCAUAUAGCUAAGUGGGAUAAACAAACAAUGCACAUGCCUGUUAAUGGCCACAAGAGUGAGGGAGAAAUUGAAGUAACUGUAAUACAAUAAAUGAAUGUCUAAUGCGAGGUAACAAGGGAAUGGGAAACAUUAAAUAUUUCAAACUAAAUCAAACCCAGAACAUCAGUGCUUUGAGUAUACACAAUUUGGAGCUAUUCAGGACUUGAAAAGAACUGCAUUUUCACAGAAAUCAAGAUGUUAUUUUUGUAUACUAUAUCACUUAGACAAUUGUUGAGUUUCAUUUGCUUGUAAUCAGUUUUUAAAGUCAGAUGGUAAAAGCAAUUGAAGUCCUAGAAUAUAGAAAUGUAAUUUUAAACUAUCAAUAAAGCUGGAGGAGGAAGGGGA